CAUCACUACCUUUCUCAAAUUCAUACCCUAACUAACGUUUCUUCCAGCGAUUUCAAUUUCAUUUUUUCUACUUUCAAUCAAAUGGCGCCAAAGGGAGAGAAGAAGCCUGCUGAGAAGAAACCCGCUGAGGAGAAAAAGACCACCGUUGCCGAGAAGGCUCCUGCUGAGAAGAAGCCAAAGGCCGGAAAGAAGCUGCCUAAGGACGGUGGUGCCGCCGCCGGCGACAAGAAGAAGAAGAGAAACAAGAAGAGCGUGGAGACAUACAAGAUCUACAUCUUCAAGGUUCUGAAGCAAGUUCACCCAGACAUUGGUAUCUCAAGCAAGGCCAUGGGUAUCAUGAACAGUUUCAUCAACGACAUCUUCGAGAAGCUUGCUGCUGAAUCAUCAAGACUUGCAAGGUACAACAAGAAGCCAACCAUCACUUCAAGGGAAAUUCAGACUGCAGUCAGGCUUGUUCUUCCUGGAGAAUUGGCCAAGCAUGCCGUAUCUGAGGGUACCAAAGCUGUUACCAAGUUCACAAGCUCUUAAACUCAAUAUUCUAGAUCGAUAUGUAGUCACUGUUAGACUUAUUUAUAUUUAGCUUUUACCUUUCUAAUCUUGUAAUGUUGCGAUGGGAUCGUGCUGAUCCUUGUUGUGUAUGAAAAUGAAGGAUAUAAUGAUAUUGGGUUUCAAAAUUGCUUGUAUGGUUCAA